AUGAUGAAAUGGCAAUUAAGCCAUUAUUAUAUCUACGAAUCAAUUGUCAAAAAUGGAUAUAAUCGCUCGUUGAUUUUAGAAGAUGAUGUAGAUAUGGAGCUUGAUAUUUUUGAUAUUAUGUCUGGUAUUCAUCGUAAUUUACCUAACGACUGGGAAAUUCUUUAUCUUGGACAUUGUCACGAAUGGAUAGAAGACACCAAAAUUCUUGAUAAUGAAUUAUUUGCUAAUCAUAAUAAAUUACACACUGCUGUACAUCCACAGUGUACACAUGCUUAUGCUAUUACAGCCUCAGCUGCCAAAAAGUUAUUGGAAAUUCUUGAUAUCGAACACACUAAAGUUGACAAAGCUAUUGAUGUAGAGUUGGCCAAUCUUAUUCGACACAAAAAGCUCAUUGCUUAUGGGGUUCAUCCACAGAUUAUAGCUCAAUGGAAAGAUAAGAAUGACAUUUCAGAUACUAUACCUGAUUUUGUAGAUCAAACUUACUAUUUGACAAAUUCAACCUUAGAGUUUCUUGGUUAUAGACGAGAAUGA